AUGUCCGGAAUAAAAGAAAGCAAGCCAGAUGAAGCAAAUAAAUCACCAGAGGAGAUGCAGCGGUAUACAGUUCUGUUAUUCAGCGACGUGCCAGAGAAAACGAAUCUGACCACUGUUCUAUCACUAAUAAAAGGAACAGACGUUCUGUCUAUCCAGCAAGAAAAUACGCUGGUCUAUAUUACGUUCUUCUCAUAUUAUGAACUAUACCACCAGUGGAAGAAGUUGGGAAGUGAAGUAACUUUAGAAGGCUGCAAAAUCCGGGUGUGCCCAGUUGAAACAAAUCUUUCAGAUGAGGAAAGAAAGAGAUUGCAUUUAGCGCACGCAGCAGGAGGAACCAGGAAUGUUAUGCUGUCGAAUCUAGAUGACUUCAUGACGGGGGAGUUUAUACGCGAGGAGGCAGAGAAGUAUGGAGUAGUUGAGUCACUAAAACACAUGAGAGACAGAAAGGUGGCAUACGUUGAGUUUUAUUCGUUCUCGUCUGCAAUUGAGUUUGUGGUGAGUGUGCGAGACGACAGCUUGUUCAAGAAUGUUAAGUCCUGUUUUGCUAAGGACAAGUGCGGAUCUGGCGAGGCAGAUGACAUAGCGCAGUAUAACAACAGAACUGUAUAUUUCGGGAAUAUACCAGCAGACACAACUCCAUCUGAAAUACUGUCUGUGGUGCAGGGAGGAAGAGUUUUUAUGAUUAAGCUGAUUCAAGAGAAAAAGUGUGCAUUUGUUGGAUUUUUUAGUUAUGUUUCUGCUGCUGCUUUUAUCGAGUAUUCGCAUGUGUUUUCCGUAUGCAUACGAGGAAUGCAGAUUAAGCUGGGGCCGGGAAAGGUACAGCCACUGCCGCAUAUUGCGCCAAUUUUAGCAUACCGAGGUGUGACUAGAACUAUUCUUCUUAAAGUGGAUAGACGAUCUGUAAAUGAGUCAAAGCUAGAACAGGAACUUUCUCGAUAUGGUGAAAUAGACAAAAUAGAAAAGAAAGAGAAUGGACUGGUUGCUGCCUCAUAUUUAAGCGCGCAGGAUGCCUAUACAGCAUAUCAACACAUGACUAAUGAUGCAGGGAUUUGUCAUAUGCUGUGCGGAUAUGGGGAAGACCCAUGCGAAACUGCAUCUGCUCUUGACUUAAUCAUGGAAGUGCAAAAGAAAGAGUUUAUGAUAUAAAACUACCUAGCAACUAUUAAGAGACCCAUGCUUAGAUACUUUAACUUCUAUACAAUAGCUAAAUACACUUAGAAAAAAUUAUUACUGUUCUUAUACUAACAUUCUGUCAUAUUUUUAUUCCAUCCACCA